CAGCUCCAGUGGACACCUAAAGCGGGACUCACUGUGUGUGUGUGUGUGUGUGUGUAAAGAGAGCUAACACACACUCUCACACACUUAACAUUUGGACACAACAUGGCGAUGAGGCGCCGAGAGACACGACGACUCUUCCCCGACUAACACAACCACGUUAUGUUUAUAGGUGGGGGAAGCGCGCGACAGGGAAAUACGUGAAAUUACGCGCAACUAAUUAACCUGAAGAGAUUUUUCCCGAAUUCCAUUAUAUGCAUGUAGCUGUAGCGGUCAUAUAAAGCACACACUGCUUUACCCCGCUGCUGGAAAUCAAACGCUCUACAUGGCGGUGGAGAAUAUCUGGUUCUUCUGUCUACUUUCUCUGGGUUACUGUGGAUUAUCCGUGCAAGAGAAGCCUGUAUCCGUGGAGCUGAGCUGUGGUGCUGGUCCUGUCCAUGUGGUUCUGGAGCCUGAUCACCCUCUGCUGCUGGAAUGCCACCUGGGGGCCAGUGAGGCCCCCCUCAACGUGACCUGGCUGCGGGAUGGGGCAGUUCUCUCAGAAAGCCAGACCAUCCGGCCUUUGCCCAACGGAUCUCUGCUCAUCUUGCCCUCUUCUACGGAUGGCCAGGCUCCAGCGGGUGUGGAGGGCGGAUACAGCUGCCUAAGUACCAGCUCGACAGGAGCCCUGACCAGCCGGGCUCUCACCCUGCAUCUCGCCAGCUUGUCCCGCUUUCUUCAGGAUCCUGAACCUCAGGUUGUGCCAGUGGGUGGCACUGCCCGGUUUGAGUGCUAUGUAGAUGGCUUACCAACCCCAAGUAUCACCUGGGAGAAGGACCAGGCACCCCUACCUUCACCUCUAGAACCAUCCAGGUACAUAUCUCUUCCCAAUGGGGUGCUGCAGAUUUUAGGGGUCACUAAAGAAGACGAAGGCAUGUACCGCUGCGUGGCCUUCAACUCUGCCCGCAAGCGCUUCAGCCAAGAUGCUUCGCUCUCAGUUAGCGCAGGUCUGUCUCAGGAGAGUGAGGUGGUGAUUGUGGCUCCACCGCGGAACUCUACAGUGGUCAUGGGUCGUCCGGCUGUGAUGGAGUGCAUGGCUCAGGGUGAACCCAAACCUUUCGUAUCAUGGAGCAGACAGGAUGGGAAGCCUAUAGCUACAGAUGUGGUUGUCUUGGCAACCAACCUAGUGAUUCCUGACACCCGCAGUCACCAUGCUGGAGUAUAUGUGUGUCGUGCCAACAAACCCAAGACCAGAGAUUUUGUCUCAUCUCCCGCUGAACUCCGAGUACUGGCUCCACCAGUCAUCCUCCAGCCCCCAGAGGCGGUGUCCCUGUCCCGGGGGAAUACGGCUCGGUUUGUGUGUAAUAGUUCUGGUGACCCUCCCCCUGCUCUGCGCUGGCUGAAGAAUGGAGAACUGGUCCAGUCUAAUGCCCGGGUUAAGACUCAGAACCCUGGAGUUCUGCUCAUCAACCAACUGCGGCUGGACGAUGCGGGAUACUACCAGUGUAUUGCUGCCAACAGCCUGGGCACCGCCUGUGCCACUGCCAAACUGUCCGUCAUCGUAAGGGAGGGUCUGCCUAGUCCUCCUCGUCAUGUGUCGGCCAUACCCUACUCUAGCACUUCUGCCCUGCUCACCUGGGACCCACCUGAACAUAAUAGUGACCAGAUCAUUGGGUUUUCAGUACACUACCAACGCACAGCAGGCUCAGAAAACAUGGAAUAUCAGUUUGCGGUGAAUAACGACACAACAGAGCUGCACGUAAAGGAGCUGCUCCCUCACACAGCCUACACCUUCUAUGUAGUGGCCUACUCGCCCAUGGGCGCCAGCCGCCCGUCACAGCCCGUUACAGUGGAGACGCUGGAGGACGUUCCCAGCGCUUCUCCACAGCUGUCCCUGCUGAGCACAUCUCCCACUGAUAUCAGAGCCAUGUGGCUGCCUCUGUCCUCACAGCUGAGCCGCGGAGCCAUCACACGCUACCGCAUAGACUACAGAGUGCUGGAGCAGGUGGAUCACAUCUACUCAGUGGAAGUGGGUGGGAAUGAGACGCAGGUGACUCUAAGGGAUCUGAAACCAAAUCAAACGUACCAGCUCCGGAUUGCGGCGGGAACGCGAGCUGGGUUCAGUCAGUCUUCUGAGUGGGCCUCCCACCACACACCAAACCUUACUCAGGUGCUCUUUGCUCCCACUGAGCUCAAAGUGAGAGCCAAAAUGCAUUCCCUCCAUGUCACAUGGCAGCCACCACCCAAUCAUACUCAGAUCACCGGUUAUAAGCUUUCCUGGCAGGAAUUGGAUGUAGAGGAGCUGCCCAGUGAGGAGAAGCCUAUGAUCAAUGAAAGGAUUCAACAGAUCAAACUGAGGAAGAGAGUGAAACACCAUGAGGUCACAGGCCUUGCUCCUGAUCAGCUGUAUGAGGUGAAAGUUUGGGCGUUUAAUAAACAGACUGACGGUUAUCCUGCUGUCUGGAAGGGCAGAACAGAGAAGCUCACACGAGUGCGGACGACAGACUCUCUCCCACCAUUGCCACCCAUCAGCGUUAGAGCUCGUGCGAACAGUUCCACCUCUAUCUGGCUCCGCUGGGAGAAACCGCACUUUAGCAAUGUGCGAAUCAUCAACUACACUAUACGCUGCAGCCCCGCAGGAAUACGCAAUGCAUCGCUGGUCUCUUACUAUACCAGCUCUUCUCAGGAGAUUUUACUGGAAUCACUAAAGCCCUUCACCAGCUAUGAAAUUGCUGUGCAGUCUAAUGGAGCUGAUAUGAGUGGCCCUUUCAGCAGCACAGUGGAAGAGUCCACACUUCCAGACAGACCCUCCUCUCCUCUGGAUAUGCAGUUGAGUGCACUAGACUCAUACUCUGUUCUGGUGAGCUGGCGCCCUCCACUGGAGCCAAAUGGUGUCAUUUUGACCUACUGGAUCCUCUACAGUGGCAACAUCAGCCAUCCAGAUCAACUGUGGAUAAACCUCACACAUGAUGGUUCUGUUACUAGUGCAGAGGUCCAAGGCCUGAUGAGUGGGACACGUUAUUAUUUUAAGAUGGGGGCCUGUACUGAAGUUGGGGUGGGACCAUAUUCCCCUGUGAAAGAUGUCUAUACUCCUCCAAAGAAAUAUGAGCUGGAUAUCCAUGCUGUGACUGGUAUCAUAGUUGGAGUGUGUCUUGGUCUGCUCUGCAUCCUGCUCUGCAUGUGUGUCAGUUUCCGCAAUGGAAAAACACGAGAUGUGUCUGGUGGACUUGACUCGAGUUCUCUGAGUCCUCAGUACAGGAAGGGUGCCCGUCCAGUGCCUGCUACUGCGCCUGACUGCAGUGACUGCCAUGAGCUGGAAACCCUCAUGCCCUCUAGUGCACAAGACCCCAACAAACCCCUCACAGACCUCACUGAGGAACAGAGUCUCAUGGCUAAUGUAGAAGGCGCUGACGAUGCCCCUGCAGAAUCCAAGCCAGCCUGGAAUGGAUCUGUUAGUCGGAACUGGGCCAAUAGGAUCACCAGAUACAGAGAUACUAUAACCGAAGAUUCUUCUGCUCUCAUCAAUGGAGCUCUUGAAGGACCACCGUCAGGCAACAGUAAGAGCGGGCAUGUGGAGAGCCUGUAUUCCCUCAGCAAGAACCAGGUGGAGGCUGAAGUCAUCGUACAUUCACAGCUGUCAAACACGACGGCUGACCAGGGUCCACAAAGCGACAUGGAGCGCUCUCUCGAGUCUCCAUCUUCCAAGCACCCUUCUCCUGGAGAGAAGGCGACGCCAUCAAUCCCGCAUCCACCUUAUGCCCACAGCGAGGACAACCAUGAGACUCAAUCUCCAUCUCCGACCCCAAGCAAUCACAUCUCAGAAGUACUGUCCAAUCACAAUGGACCAUUUGAGAGUGGGCUCAGCCAGCCAACAAUGGGUGGUGCCAAAAACCAAGGAGUGGGGCUUACCAAUGGCUUCCACUCAUCCAAACCCCUUCGUUCAAAGGCUGAGACCCUGGAGAACGGGGCCCACAGACUGUGCCCCACAGGAAAGGUUCUGCCCUCACCAGGUCUCCCAGCUUCCCCCUCAUCCUUUGCCAGCUCUGGCCUUGUCCAUUCUACCUCAGGGGCGCAUAACUACGUGUACCCCUAAGCUGGAAGGAAGGAAAGCGUAACAAACGGUGUUCCCAAAGUUCUGGGACAGAAAAAGCCAACAGAGGAGACCAACGAGUGGCACCUUCCUGCUGGAGAAGUUGAAGUUUUCUCGUAGCCACGCACACCACUUCUCUCGGCUGUUUUAUUGCAACCUUUUGGUUCCAUUAUUUUAUAUGUAUGUACAUAUAGAAUAUUUUUUUAGCACUAGUAUCCAUGGAUAUGCAUUUUAGGGCAUAUCAGUGGCACACUUUAACCCCUCUUUGUGUGCAUGUACGGAAUGUGCUGAAGUGGUUUAUAUGUUUACAUGCACACGUGAAGUCAAGAGUGUUCGUACUUAGAGAUGAAGUCAAAGGAUCCUGAAAUCAGCCCUACACAAGGAAACAGAACUCAUUCACGGGACGAACGUCACGUAUCGGUCCGAGAUCAGUGCCAACGGGUGGAGAGAAAAUAACCCUGCCACAAAGUACCACCUCCUGCUGUCUCAGGGUCACCACACAUAAACACACAAACACACACAGAUCUGUGCUUAAAACGGUUCUUGCUGAAAAUUUGUACCAUUUUUCAGUUCCGCCUAUUCUGGUUUUUAAAGGGAUUGUUCACCCAUAAAUGAAAAUUUUGUCAUUUACUCUCCCGCACAUUGCUCCAAACCUGUGCAUGGACAAAAAUAUUGUUUGUUCUCUGCAGAAGAGAGAAAAUCAUACAGGUGUGGAAGAACUUGAGGGUGAGUAAAUGACAGAACUGUCUCUUUAACUUACACUUUCGCAUACAUACACGUGCAAACAAACUCGAAUACAAUACAAAUAAAUAAAAACACACAUUCCCUGACUGGAGCGUAGUGUCUCAGGAGUCUCAAAUUCAAGGUGCAUUUGUACAUACACGAUUGCUGUAUCAAAUACAUGUAGAAAAACAUGACAAAAAUGAAGAAAAAAAAUAUGAAGGAAAACAAUACAAAAGGAACACUAAGAAUCCAUGUACAUUUUCUAUCAUUUCAACUCUGAGUGUACUUGUAAAGACACAUCACACUGAUUCAUGCUCCAAGUUUUUCUCAGUCAACAGCACUACCUCAUUUCUUUACAGGAUUGUUUUUUUUUGUUUGUUUUUUUUUCUGUGUGAUUUUAUGAGUAUAGUUAAGAAGGCAACUUCUUAUGGGCGGAUUUUGAGCCGUCUGAUUCAUAGCCUUUGGAUAAUUGCAGAAUCUACUGCCCUUCUCACUCUGUGUCUGUAUUCUUGUGUAAUGGUUACUGAAACUUUCGUCUCUGAUUAUUAGCCUGUGUGCAAGCAUGUGAUCAUCUGUUUGUGUAGUCCUUUGCUAUGGAAAACAAAACUUUCUGCAAUAUACACUUCAGAUGAAGGGUUAUAAACACAAUGGAAGGCUAACCACAUGGUUUAACUAAAGACCUCAUGGUUUGUGUCCAUAAGAUCUACCUGUUGACAUGCCAGACAUCUCUUUUUCUCAGGAACUUCUACGCAGGGAGUCUGAGAAGAACAUUUUCAGCCAAACUAGGAAAUAGCCUCCAUCUCUCAGACAGGUCUUGUCCCAUACCAUAUUCUUUGUCCUUAGGCCACGCGUCUGUCAGCAUUUAGAGUUCAUCUGGAACUGUAAAUAAAUUUUGUCCUCCAUGCAAAAACAUGUUGUAUUGCUGCUGAGAGCAGGAUCUGUGUCUGUUGCGCUUCCUUUUUAUGCAUUUUAAAUGCUUAUUUAAAGUAGUUACUUUUAUGUUAACGCUGUUAUUUUGGAAGAGAAACGUCAACAAACUUUCAAAAUCCUGCCGUCGUACUUCAGGUCAUUAACAGGACUGCCCAUGAUGCCAACAACAACUCUCAGUCUAGUCAGUCUCAGUCAUCGCCACAGUUCAGCUGAUUGUCAAUAACUUCUCUGAAUAGUGCUUUGGUGCUUGAGCAAGACUGGGUUACUUUUAAGAUGGUCUUUUAAACAUUCCAGUUUUUGUAUGUACAGCAGGCCAAACUCAGGGCGGAUCAUGUAGGAAAGGAAGAUGAUGAAUGUCUGAAUUACUCUGGCUGCUUUUUAACAGCAUACAGUAAGCAACUCGCGUCGUCAUUUGUCACACUUCUAAAUGUACAGUGGCCAGUCCACAGCAACAACAACCACAAGAGUCAAUGCUUUUACUGAGAUUAUAACAUAUUUGUUCAAUAUGCUUCAUGUCAGUUCUGUGUUAAUAGGACUGUUCACCCGAAAAUGAAAAUUCUGUCAUUAUUCACAUAUCCUCAUGUCGUUCCAAGCCUGUAAGACUUACUACUUCUGCAAAAAAGAAGAUAUUCUGAAGAAUGUUUCCAAAACAACAUUGAACCCCAUUGACUUUCGUUAUAUGGACAAAAAAAUAUCUUCUUUUGUGUGCUAUAUGGUAGCAGACUUUUCAUUUUUGGGUAAAGGAUCUGUUUAAACUGCAAAAAUUGGUUGUUUCGUCGUCACAGAAAUCUUUUUUGUUCUGUUCUGAUGUGUUUGUUGUCAAACAUGCAGUCUUAGCUUUGCUCCAGAGUCUUAUAAAUCAGAUUACAGCGUUUAGCACAUCCCACCUUCAGCAUUAGGAAUGUGUGAGGCAAAUGUCUCGUUAUGUCUAAAAAUAAGGAAAUUGUGGUUUUGCCAGGGUCAGCAGAUGUCUUGUCACUCUCAGAUAUGCAUUUAAUUGUUCGGAAACAGCCCUUCAGGAUAAGUUCUAAUUCAGAUACCUCAUUUGCUGCUUGUUAAUUUAAUUGCAGUUAAACAUGGCACAUACUGUAUGUGUAAAGGCUUCAGUAGUUUUCUUAAACUAGAUGAGUUGAUUGUCUCAUUUUACCUCAUUUUGAAGCAUCAGGCUGGAUUUUGCUUAACUAUAUUAAGCAUGGAAAGGUUGUCAUUUGUGUGGAUAAAUCUUUUUGCAGAGAGGAGAAUAGCAAAAUGCAUGAAACGAGAGUUUAGAUGAUCAGAAGGUUCCCCUGUCAAGCCAUACCUCUCAAAACAGACACAUGGUUGCAUAUGGGCCAUUUUUAUACUGUGCGUAUAAUCAGUGCUUAUUGCUCAGGUGCCCUGUCUUUGCAUAAAAACUCCGGAGGAAUGCAGCUGCUUACUGAUGUAAAGCAAGUGUGUGUGAAAACCUCACCAGUCCUCCUGGAAAAUGUCGGCUUUAAUGACAGGGGAAAAGCAACAACAAAUAGUAACACUGAUGCACAGGCAUUUUUCUAAAGAAAUCAUGUAUUCUAACAGCUGUUUUCUCUGGUGCUUCAUGGUGACCUUUCUAUUCUGGUGAUGUGAGAAUUCAUCCCUUUUUGUAUCCCCCGCCCCCAAACCAGCAGACCUGUGCUUUUCUGAGAUUCUCAGCACACAUACUGUGGACACAUUUGUGUAACACCAGCAGCAGUAUGGUCUCUGACAUCUGUCGGUUGAAUGUGAGAGACACAACAUCAGUCUCUGCACACACAAAACUACACUAACCCAGUAUGAUUACAGCAUGUGUCCGUCUGUUAUUUGUUUGUAUGCUCUCAUGGCCGUCUUUGUAAAAUCAAAUCUAAAGAUUGUAAGGGUUUUAAGACAAAGGUGAAGGAGCUUUCAUUGACCAUUCAGUUUCUAUUUCUGAGAUGGGGCAAUAUUGUUUGACCCCCCCCCCCCUAUAGGAAUGUUAUACUGUACAGCGCUAUGAUCUGUAGAUCUUAUUUUCCGCGCUGUGGCAUCAGUUUUUCAUAGUCAGAAUAUAUAUAUAUACGAAAGUGUCAAUUUACUCACUUAGAUUGGAUCUAAUCAUUUUAACUGGAACAAAUGUGCCCUAUGAAUAAUUGAUGCAGUGAAAUUAUAUCUGAUGACUCAUCAAAUGUUGGUACUCAAUUAUAUCAUGUACGUGAGCUGUGAAGGGUAGAGUUUGAUGAAGGAUGGAUGCAGUGGAGGACAGUAUAAUAUUAUAAUGUUUAUGUUCUUCUGUCACUGUCUCUGUGAGAUUUGCAGCAGAAAAGUCUCUGCAAACUUGUACUAUGUAAAUAAACAUCUUAAAAAAAAAGAAA